AUGGCCACCUCUGUUCGCCGACCUGCAGGACCCUCCGUCUGGGACAAGCUCAAGAUGGGUGCUCUGAUGGGUGGCGGUGUCGGUCUCAGCAUUGGUUUCAUCUUCGGUGGCUACACCAUCUUGAGGGGAGGCGCCGGCCCGAACGGCGCUCUCGCCACGCUGUCUCAAUACAUGCUCGGAAGCGCUGCCAGCUUCUCUUUCUUCCUCGCCAUUGGAUCGGUCAUUCGUAACGAGGACCUGCUGCCACCGCAUCUCGAGGCGGCACGUCGCCAAAUGCUUCCUCCGCUCGUGCGUGCCCGUGCAGAAGGUGCCACCCUUGUCCGCGCGAGGUGGGAGGCCGAAAAGCGAAGGACGGCGUGA